AACCACAAGUCUGAAGUCACAACUAAACACACUUGUCAGCUGUUGUCAAUAGGCGAUUGUUGAAGAUUGAUUUUUCCUGUGAAUUGGGAAUUAACGAUUAAAUCUUAUCAUUUCUAAUAAAAGUGCUAACUCGGAUGGUCUACGCAAUAUCAAAGUUUUAAAGACUAAUUGUAUUUUUCAGGUACCGGGUUUUUUAGGGAUUGAGGAAAAUGGAAGGAGAUUUUGAAAUGGACUCUAAUCCAGAUAUACAGGAAAGAAGAAUGUUGGACUUGGCAUUGGAACAAAAGAAACCAAUAGAAUUUCAAUGUACUGCAGUAUCCUGUGUCAAUGAAUGUUCUUCAAAAUAUGCUGAGAAAUUGUGCAUAUUUGAAUUGAGUUAUAAAUUUGAUAAUCCAGAUGAAUAUGAUAUUGGGGGGAGCUAUACAGAUGGUAAACCGGACCUAUGGUUCUACAUGACAACAUCUGCCUGCCCAGGGGACAACUAUUUGUUAAAUUUGUUCAUUUGCCAGAGAAACAUUGGAUUUGUCACUCUGGGUAUUAGUAAAUCAAAUAUGCUAAAAACUGAAAUGAAAUAUGAAAAUUACACAUUUAUGUCUGAAGAACUCACCUGGAAAACAUUUAAAUCAUCUAAACGUGACCAAUGUCAAUAUAUCAAAACAUUUACAUUCAAGAAAACUUGGAUAAAAACACUAAUUGUACCCAUAAGAAUCAAGAUCUGUUCUAGUUUUCAACUAAAUAAUGAAAUAGUGGAAAGGAUACAGACAACACAUAACAUUGGAAGUAUACUUAAGAAAGGGAAUACAGAUUUUAUCUUAGAAACUGCAAGCCAUAAGAAAUAUGAAGCUCACAAAAUAGUACUAUGCACACAUAGCCCUGUACUAAAAGAUAUGAUUAAAAAAUCAAACGUGAACAAUCUGUUUUUCGAUAUAACCGAUCAAGAAAUGGACCUUCUCUUGGAAUACUUGUACACUGGAAAUAUAAAAGAAAUAAAUAAACAAGACAAGGUGAUGUUACUCGAGUUGGUUCAGAAAUUUGAAUUGAAAAAACUAUUUACACUGGUAGAGCAAGCAAUCAAGGACCAGAUUGCUGUGCAAAAUGCUUUGGAUAUAGCCAAAUUGUCUCAAAAGUACAACUUGAAAGAAGUUGAAAAACAAGUAUUCAAAUUUGUCAAGGAAAAUCCUCAGGUCCUCGAGACUGAAGCAUGGAAGAAUCUGAAUGACAUAACUUUAACCAAAAAACUCUUUGAACAUAUUUACUUUGAAAAUUAUACAUAAGUUAUGAUGUCCUGUUACUCCUGUUUGUUUUGUGCCAAUUUGAAAAUAGCAUUUAAGCAUAAUAUUAUGAUUAGAGAAAAGAAAUUAAUGUGCAGAUAAAAUGUGUUGUUGUUUAAAAGACAUUAUAUUUAUUGUAUUAAAACAUUCAUCUAUUUUGGAUUGAAUUGAAGAAUUCUAUUCUCUGGAUUUACUUGCUACUGUACCUAUUUGAAUGUUUAAUGUAUAAUAUCCUCUUAAUGUUUGUCAAAGAUCAAAUUUUAUGAAAGAUAUUAUAUAUGUAAAAUGUCAUAUAUUAAGUGUUAAAUAAAUGUUAUAUUUAAUUCA